GCUAUUAGGAGUAUAGUAUCCAUCGUCGUGUCUGACGGAGCCAAAUUAAGCAAUGAGUAACCUGCAGUACUCAGGUAACCCGAUUCAAAAUCCAAACCCAAUUACUGACCCGAAAUCAAGUCUGUCGUUCGAUGAGGUGUCCAAAUACUUCAAUUUGCCUCUCAAUGAUGCUGCUGAAUCCCUAGGUGUUUGUACAAGUGUUCUCAAGAAAAUAUGCUAUGAAAAUGGUCUGGUGAGGUGGCCAUAUCGAAAGGUCAUCUCUGGAAAGAGUAUUGAAGAUAUAAAGAAAGAGGCAUUGAGGGAAAAACAAGAGCGAUCCGUGGAAUUUCCUAAAGCUGCUGGAGAAAAGGGCCCCCAAUUGCCAAACAAGAGUAGUAUUAGCUCCACAAUGGAAAUGCCAAAAGCGGCAGGGGCUUUCUCACAGCAGCAAGGAACCAGGAAUGUUCAAUCGGGAAGUUUACCACAUUUCCGUAUCUCUAGCUUGACAAAAGGAACUUCAGUCGGUUAUGAUGAAUUCAAAUAUGGUUUUCCAUCCAAUGGCUUGUCUACUGCAACAUAUAAGUGGUGGGGAAACAAGAGUCCUGAUGGUAACGAUGAUAGCCAACUGAAUGACGACAAUGCCAACAACAGCAAUAAAUCUGAAUGCCAUACAAGUUUGGAUUCCAUGGGAACGACUUUACUGACCGAUGUGAGAAAACGAGCUGUCAAAGAGGGGAAAGAAACGCUGAGGCUUGGGGUCUAUAGAGGGCGUAGUGCAAACAUGCUUGAUCCAACAAAACGGAAGAUUCUUCUUCAGGUAUUCAAAUCGUAUUUGCAUGUCCAUGGUGAUAUGAGUAACUUCGAACAAUGAUCAUUUCAAGAUUCAAGUGAAGAGGACACGUUACAUCUAGGUUUCAGUGCUCCGUGUGGAGUAUUCCAGGCAAUUCAUAUAGGUUAUCUUUUCUUUGACUAAGAUGAGAUCUUGAACACCCUAUAGGCAAGAUAACAACAACAUAUGCAGUGUAAUCCCCCAAGUGGAUUUUUAGCUUGAUCUCGAUUAUUUAUAGCUUAGUUUUUUCGAUAAAAGUUAUCUUUCUUGAUUUUUAUACCGUCUCCUGGAACAUCUGCUUACUGCAUUUGUGCACUAAUCAAAGCUUUACCACCUGCCUUA